GUCGUGGUGUUAUUUGGCGGGCCCAACUUUUCCUGCCAAAACCGAUACUACUAAAAAAGAAUCUCAAGUUCAGAGAUUGAACCCUUCAUCUUCUUUGAUGUGGUAAAUGCCCAAACCACAAGAAAUCAUCCCCUUCUACGCCGCUCUUCUUGAAGCUUGCUCCGCCACCAAGAACCUCCACACCCUCAAGCAAAUCCACGCUCUAACUAUAAGACACCGAAUCUCUCACCAUGAUUUCAUUCGAACCAAGCUCGCCUCCACCUACGCCGCCUGCGCCCAACUCCGACAAGCCACCACCAUUUUCUCCUUCGCCACUCGCCGCCCCACCUUCCUCUUCAAUGCACUCAUCAGAGCCCACUCUUCUCUCCGUCUCUUCUCCCAGUCCCUCUCCAUUUUCCGUCACAUGCUUCUUUCUAGAAAAUCCUUCGAUCAGCAUACUUUCCCGCCGGUGCUCAAGUCAUGUACGGGCCUCUCGUCCUUACGACUCGGCCGCCAGGUUCAUGGGGCUCUUCUGAUUAAUGGGUUCUCUGCAGAUUUACCUAGUUUGAAUGCUUUGAUUACAAUGUAUUGCAAGUGUGGAGACUUGGGUGUUGCACGGAAGGUGUUCGAUGAAAUGCCUGAGAGGAAUACGGUGUCGUGGUCGGCGUUGAUGGCAGGUUAUGGCGUUCAUGGGAUGUUUGGGGAUGUGUUUGGGUUGUUUGAGAGGUUGGUGGAAGAAGGGCAAAAGCCGGAUGAGCUCACUUUCACUGCUCUUCUCACGGCGUGUAGCCAUGGAGGAUUGAUUGAGAGAGCGAAAGAGUAUUUUGGUAUGAUGAGGAUGAGAUUUGAUUUGAGGCCUGGGUUGGAACAUUAUACUUGUAUGGUGGAUUUGCUUGGUAGGGUGGGCCAAGUGGAAGAAGCAGAGAAGUUGAUAAUGGAGAUGGAGAUUGAGCCUGAUGAGGCAUUGUGGGGAGCUCUGUUGAGUGCUUGUAGGAUUCAUAGGAAGACUGAGGUGGCUCAUAGGGUGCAAAAACGGUUUAUCAACCAACAAUGAGUGUAUAAACUAUGGUGUAAUAUAUGUUUGGUGGUUGGUUUCACAAGUUUCCAUUGAUUCCAUUUAUAAAAAAUGGUUUCAACAUCAAUUUGGCCAAAGAAAUUACGCGAACUUGACUUGCGUACAUUCUAGUACUGACGUUGUGGAUUGCUGACGUAGUGUUGGUAAUGUCUUUUCAUGAAUCAAGAAUAAAAAAUCGCCAAUAGAUCUUUUGUUGAAAGAAGAAAACAUGAUGUAACCUUCUAGUUGUACCUUGAACAAGAUUUUUUUUUUUUUUUUUUUUUUUUUUUUUUUUAAGGAAAUAAGUGACAAUGACAAGAGCUGAAGCGUUGAAUGUUUACAUCCAUGCGAAGUUUUCAAGUCAUGGUGAAAAAGUUGUAACCUUUUAUGUUUCGAGGUCACAUAAAAGACACAAUGAAUUUGAAAAUACAAAUUCAUUCACAUUUAUUUUGAACUAUGUACUAAUUUAUUUUUAUGUAUUUACAUCUAUGAAAGUUUGUGUA